GGUUUCCCACUCGAAAGCAACUAAAUUUACUUUAUCAUUUUACUUCACUUCUCUCCCCCACAACACACACACAACUCGUGGCUAUGAACUCCUUCUCAGUGUUCUUAGUGUUCGCCCUGGCUGCCCUGGCCGCUGCGGAGCCCCCCUCGGGCUACAACUAUCCCCGUGGAGGCGGCGGCGGCGGUGGUGGUGGCGGCGGCGGUGGUGGUGGCGGCGGCGGUGGAUACCAAGGUGGCUCCUCGUUCGGCGGUGGCGGCGGUGGUGGUGGCGGCGGCGGCGGUGGCUUCCAGGCCGUCAGCGGUGGCUUCCAGACAUCCGAGGGCCAGAAUGUUGAUCCCCAGCUGUUGGAGCAGGUGCGUCAGAUCCUCCUGAAUGAGGAGAGCAAGCAGGGCGGCGGCGGCGGUGGAGGCGGUGGUGGAGGCGGCGGCGGUGGCUAUCCUAGCGGUCCUCCAUCGAGCAGCUAUGGUGCUCCUCCCUCGAGCAGCUAUGGUGCUCCUCCCUCGAGCAGCUACGGCGCGCCCAACGGAGGGGCGGGCGGUGGUCGUGUGGUCGGCAUCGAUCUUGAGGGUGUGCGUCAGGCCAUCCAGGUUGCCCAGUUCGCCCAGCAGAGCACCCAGCAGGGAGGCGGUGGCGGCGGCGGUGGUGGCUACCCAAGCGGCCCAUCCGGUUCGUAUGGUGCUCCGUCGAGGCCCAGCGGCAGCUAUGGCUCGCCCUUCUAAAUCCAGAGACUCACAUCCCAAACUCAAAUUGCGCUGCCAAAAAUGAAUACCGACGGAAUGGACGACACUUAACCGACAACGACGACGAUACCGCAACCGAAUCCCGACACGAAACAGCACCAGCACCAGAACCAACAGGAACAGGAACAGCAAUUGGAAUCAACAGGAUGCAUAUGUGGGUAUCCUUGAACCUGGAACACAUAGUUCGACUAGUGAUGUGGAUGAUCCCGAUCCCCGAACCCCCCAACCUCAGCGACUGUAAUUCUCAAGCCCUGUCUAUCCCCCGACUCGAAUUUGGGGCACUCCCCCCAAACAAAGUGGAUUCAUUCGUUUUCACCUUUCCUUUUGGAACCUUUGUACAUAGUUUUCUCACUACACCCCACAACAAAACAAAACAAAACAAAACACACACACAAAACUCAAGAAGGAGAAGCUGAAAACGAAGGCCCCCAGAACCAACAUGAAUGGAAACAAAACAAAACAGAAGAAAACAAAAUAAUGAAAAAGAAAAAACCAUCAACACCCCAGACAGUGUUAUAACGCAUUAUUAGCUCGUAAGUGUUUUUAUUUUAUAUGAAACAAACAAAGAAACAACAAAAAAAAAUAUGAAAAUAAUAAAAAAAAUAGUAAAU